CGAAGUCCACUUCGUUGUCCACUUCGAAGACCUGUUCGUUGGGUAUUUCUUUGAAUACUUCGUUGAAUGAAAGGAAAGUCGUAUACAAGCAAGUUGGAGAUUAUUUAAUAAUGUGUGUGUGAGAUUUUGAAACAUUAUUCGUAAAAUUAUGAAUUCCUCUACUUUGUCAUCUGGAACUUUGAAUCAUUCACCAGGACAAAGAGCUUCGGAAUCUCAAGAUUCAGAACUAACCUCAGUUGGAAAUCAAACUUCAAAAAUCUUAAGUCAAAUGAAAUCUGAGCUACAGGAGCAAAAGCAGCAAGAUCGUUUACUUCGAGAACUACAUUUAAAACGUGUUCAAUCAUUACGGAAAGAAUUGGAUUAUAUUAAAGCAACAGAGUGGAGAUAUCAACCAAUUGAUCGGUACAUCCUAAUUAUCCAAGUACAUGGAUACAAAUAA